UUGCCACGCUUACCACGUGCCAAGUGCCUGUGUAGGUACGUACCUACCCGUCCCAGGAGCUCUCCUCGCCUUGUUGAUUUGUUUUCUCAGCCUCGCUGUGAAAUUUCCUGUUUCCCUCCAAAGAAUCUACGUCCAGGUAGAAACCGCCUCACCUCUCUCCCUGCCUCCCUCUUUCUCUCCCUUCGCCGCCCCCCUCCGGUGCCGCCCGUCGUUGCCAGAUCCGGCAGCCCACGCCCAACUCCUGAGACGAAGCGGCCGGCCUGCGAGACAUACCUACCUACCCUAGCUGCGCCAGCCGCGCUUUUUCGUUCGCACCAAUGUCGCAGUUUGGGAAGCCCGCCGGCCAGGCGCCUGCCACCACCGGCGGCAGCCUGUUCGGGAGCCCGCUCCAGACCAACACGGCGUCGAGCCAGCAGCCCGCGCAGUCGGCUGCCUCCCUCUUCGGCCAGCCUACCCAGCAGCAGCCGCCUCAGCAGUCUUCGGCGGGGAGCUUGUUCGGCGCUGCGGCGAAUAGCAACACGCAACAGCAAUCGUCCUUCCCGAGCCUGGCCGGCGCUGCGACGACGAAUACCCAGCAGCCCCAAGUCGGCAGCGGCGGCUUGUUCGGCGGCGCCUCUGCCUCGACGCAGCAGCCCUUUGCCGGCCUCGGCGGCACGACAGCUACCAACACCCAACAACCGCAAACAUCCAGCAUGUUCGGCGCUCUCGGCGGCACUCAACGGCCCCAGACACAAAGCAUGUUCGGCGCACCUGCGGCCCAGGCCCAGCCAGCUGCCGGCGGCCUCGGCCUCAACCUCACUCAAGGAAACUCGUCGAUUCCCGGAGCCAACCAGGCCCAGGCCCAGGCCCAGGCCCAGGCCCCGGCUAAUACCGGCGCGCUGGCGCAAGGCAAUACCACUGGCUACUUCGACAGCCUGCUCUCGAAGAGCAAGAAGCAGGUAAACGAGCAGUCGCCGCUCGAGGACCUCCCCAGCCUCCACCUGGGCCUGGGCGACCUCCGGCAGCGCCUACGAAAACUGGGCCCACAGGCGAAUCCCAUACAGCAAGACAAAGCUCGGUAUAUCUUGGCGGCAUCCGGCGUGGAGCCGGCAGUGGCAGUUAAGGACUUGAACGACUUCGAAGCUCGGAUCGGAGGUCGGGCCGAACGCCCUCCGGCUGCCGCCGCCGCAGCCGACGUCGACGUCGACGCCUAUCUCGCGAACCUACAAACGAAGACGACGUUGAGCAUGAUUGCAGACGGGCUGGAGAGAUCGGCGAGAGACUUCGACAACUUCCUGGAAGAUAACAUCACGAUGGAGUGGGAAGCCCAGAGGAAGCGGAUCUACGAACACUUCGGGAUUAAGGCAAAGGACGACGGGGUUGCCGAAGGGGCCGUCGGAACACCUGGCAGAGAGGCGCAGGUGGGCUUUGGCCGGUCGCGACGGACGGCCAAGGCAUCACGAUCCACGGCCCCAGGUAUCAAGGCCAGCACAUUCGGGCGGUCACAUCUCCAAAAGUCGGUCAUCGGCACGCCCAGUAAGAUCGGGUCUCACCAGCCUGAAUUCAAGGAUGUUCAAGACGCGACGGGAGGGAGCCCCACGGCGCUGGGUGCUGCGGCCUCGAUCGACGAUCGAUUCCUUCGAGAGAAGCAGGGCAGGCUCGCGGAACGCGUGCGGCAACUCAACCUCGCCCGCAUCGAGCAGCUGCCGUAUCCCAUCCUACACGAGCUUGCGGCGGUGGCAGGCAGCUCUGGGGAUAGACAUGCUCAACAACUCGUUGAUGCGUAUCAUGCGGCCAUGGCCAUUGUCGGAGAGAACCCGGAGGCGGAGACUUUCGCCGGCGAUGCUACGUCGAGGGAGCGCCAAUUCCGCGAAGACUACCUAGAUCUGAAUGACAAGUCCCCGAAGGCGAUAGGCAUGCGUAAGAGGAUUCUCAACGGCGCAAAUGCCUUCCUGGAGAAGAAGUUCUUCCGAGAAAUCGAGGGCCUCAUCGCCAAACACCCGCGGGAAGCGAACCUCGGCGGUCGGCCGGACGUUAUCAGCAAGAUCAAGGCGUACGUUCGGUUACGGCACGCGCGCAAGGACCUCGUACCCGACAACACCGAACUCCAGCAGGUCGACGGCGAGUUCGUCUGGGCAAUCGUGUUCUACUUGCUACGAUCUGGAAAUAUCGCGGAGGCUGCCCGCUACGUGAAGAAUCAAUCGACUACCUUCCGGAGUAUCGACCGCACCUUCGCGUCAUACCUCCUCGAGUACGUUAGCAGUCCUGACAGGCGGCUGAGACGCCAGCUGCAGGAACGCUGCCACAACGAAUACAACCAGCGGGCGCGCAACGCGCCAGACAACUCGAUCGACCCAUAUCGAAUGGCCUGCUACAAGAUCGUGGGCCGCUGCGACGUCAGCAACCGCAACCUCGACGGGCUGAAGACGGAGAUCGAGGACUGGAUAUGGCUCCAAUUCAACCUCGCUCGCGAGAACGACAAGGCGACCGAGGUGGCUGCCGAGUCGUACGGGUUGCAGGAUCUACGAGCUAGCAUCCGGGAGAUCGGCCUCAAGCACUUCCCGAAAUCGCCAAGCGAGGAUACUAAUGGUACCUUUGGCAUGUUCUUCUUCCUGCAGAUCCUCUCGGGCAUGUUCGAGCAGGCCAUCGCGUACCUGUACGCCUUCUCCUACGUGGACGCGAUCCACUUUGCUAUCGCCCUCGAGUACUACGGCCUUUUGCGCCCGGCAGACCCCUGGACGACGCAGGAUUCCCUCCUGUCGCACGACACUCGCUCGCGGCCGCAGCUGAACUUUGGCCGCAUGCUAGGGUACUACACUCGCGACUUCCGGGCGGCCGACGUCGCCUCGGCAGUAGAUUACCUCACGCUCAUCUGCCUCAACGCCGAUCUAGGUGGCGAGGCGGGCCGGCAGCAGGCGGAGCUGUGUCACGUCGCCAUCCGCGAACUCGUACUGGAGACUAGGGAGUUUAGUAAGCUCAUCGGGGAUAUCCGGCCCAACGGACACCGCAUCGCCGGCCUCGUCGAAGAGCGCGCGUCGCUCAUCGGCCUCCGGGAGGAAGACGACUUCGUGAAAACGGUCACGUUGCAGGCUGCUAGGUUCGCCGACGACAACGGCCGCACUACGGAUGCCGUGCUGCUGUACCACCUGGCUGGCGAAUACGACAGCGUAGUGACGAUCGUGAGCCGGGCGCUGAGCGAGGCGAUCUCGCUCGAGAUCGGCGAGGACCCCAUGCGGCUGAUGCCGGUUAAGCCCCGGGCGGACGGCAAGGAGGCCGAGGUGCAGCCCAACAGCAGCCUGAGCCUGGCGUCCAUCGACGACCCCAUCCAGCUGGCGACGACGAUGAUGUCGAUAUACGACAAGGACGCCAUGUUCUACACCAAGAUAGAGAACCCCAACCGGAUGGCGUGCCACAUCCUCCUGCACAUGAGCGAGAUCAAGGUUUUGGUCGAGGCCGGCAAGUGGCCGGAGGCUCUAGACGAGAUCCGCGGGCUUCGGAUCCUGCCGCUGGAUGCUAACGGCGACCCGGCGAAGAUCCGGCACUACGCCGCCACUUUCUCGGGCCUGCCCCAGACGGUGGCGAUCAACGUGCCGAACCUGCUGAUGUGGACGAUCACAUGCUGCAUCCGACAGAGGGACCGGCUGAUGAGCGGGCAGUUCAGCGGCAACGAGGGCACGCGGCGGAUGAUGUGCGACAAUCUGAAGCAGAUCAGCCUGGACCUGACGACGUACACGGGCCAGCUGCGAUACCGGUUCCCGCCACACCUGCACGAGGCACUCGCGCGGGCUUCGGCGGACUAGGGUUAGAGGUGUGUGGGGAACGCCGCGUUGCUGCUGGGGAGGACAACUUGAUAUGUCCGUAUGUCGGUGCAUACGCGCGUGCGUGUUGUCCAUCUGUACUGUACCCAGGUCAAGAUGUACGAUGGCGGCGACGUAAAAUUUUUUUUUCUUUUCCUUUUCCUCCCUAGAGACUCCGGGGGGCGUGGGUGGUGACGAAGAAACAGGCAGGAGAUAGACGGAGGAUUCCUCCCAGGCUAUACAUAUGCGUACCCGGGCUGAGGCCGAGUUAGGCUACCCGUCAUAGCCGAUCACGUUAAAAGUAGAAAUAGUGGUAGGUAGUAAUGCAGGGGUCUCCGGUACGGGUGGUAAUUUGCAUAGCUGCGGCUUGUACUCGUAAGGGAGACACGAUACCGUCCCUGGUCAGGAGGUAGCUAAGCUAGGUAGGCCGUCAAGGGAGGCGGCCAAGAAAACUGACAGACAAGGUGCCGAAUUAUGCAUCGUGUGGGUAAUUAUUGUGCAUGCAUGCCGCAUGGUCAUAACGUUUCUAGUCUGUUUGCUAUUCCUGCGGCAGAGGCGGCAGAGGCGGCAGGAAGUCGCCACGCGUCGGGUGUAUGGCCCGAGAAG